GAAGUGGAGGCGGGGGUAGUGGAGGUGGAGCUGGAGGCGGUGGCGGUGGCGGCGGCAGGCCGGCACGCGGAGGAGGACGUCCUGAAAAGGCUGGCGGAGUGUCCGUCCCCAACGUGGACGACCCUGAGGCCUUCCCCGCUCUGGCCUGAAGGCCCCCCCUCUUCCACCAGCAGCCCAUCAACCCCUCCGGGCCCCUCCUCUACGAGGCUUGCAUGCUUACCACAUCUUCAAAUAUAUAAAAAAAACAGAGAAAAAAAAAGAUUUUAAAUGACUUAAAAGAGACAUCCCAUACCACUCGCACCACCAGAGGACUCUAAAUUACCUGUUUUAAAGGAGAACAAAAGACAAAAAAAGGCGGAAAAGGACCUCUUGUUACACUGAAGUUUUGUAUUUAGGAACAUGAAAGCAGGGAUGUUUUCAUUCUUUAUUUUUUUCUUUUCAGAGAUGAUACAUACUUCAUUGAUAUUUUUUUGUGCUGCUUAAAUUAAUGCAUUUUUGCGAUUUAGAUUGAAGUGUGUGUAUCUUCCCCCCCCUUCCCUUCGGAAGCGUUUGUGCUUUUUAUGCCCCUCAUGACUUCAGCUCAGUAUUACGGGGUGAUCUUAGAAAAGACUUUGUACUGGAAUGUUUUCCUCCCAGUAAUACACACUGAUGUGGUAGCACUACACUACAUAGGAAACGUGUUCUAGAUAUCUACUACCAUACUAUUGGAGUAUGGCUUAAACUGCAUUUAAAGUGUCAUCGCUCUGAUUCUGAAUACCCAUCCCCUUUUUUGCAAGGCAAAAAUUCUGGAUGGGUAACCAGGCAGUGACUUUAAAAGCUUGGUAUUUUUCUGCUUGUUGUGAAGUGAAGGUAAAUGCCUCUAUUCAAUUUUUUUGAUAGCUUGCCAUUAUUUGGUGGACCAGUGGUUAGUGAUGCUUUGUUCCCCCUGAUCCAGAUGUACUACCUGUGUUUUCAGGGUGUCCCACGGCCCAAUGUGUAUAUUUUUUUAGGUUGGUCCUCGUAGGUCAUACAGACUGCUAAUGUUACUUCUGGACCACUAAGCAAAUAUUGUAUUUUUGUUGUUAAGGGGGGGUGUGUGUGUGUGUGUGUGUGGGUGUUGUGUGUGUGUGUGUGUGUGUGUGUGUGUGUGUGUGUGUGUGUGUGUGUGUGUGUGUGUGUGUGUGUGUGUGUAAAAAGAAUGAAUGAGUGAAUUUGACAGCUGGUUACUUAGAAUUGAAGUACUCCUCUCACCUGAGGUAGUUCAUACUGUCUUUUGAGAAGUGAUGGUAAAGAUUUAAAGGCCUGAGUCCACAUAGCACUUUUUUCUGAGUUCUCCACCUUUUUUUUAACAGUCAUUUCAGUUGUAUUUUAUAAUAUUUACCGAUUAUGCUUUUGGUGGUUUUCCCUUUCCUGUAAUGUAUACCAUUGGACUGUAACUUAGUGCCAUCAUUACGUAACAGUCGUGCUUCUAUUGGCUAGUGCUCCGACACUUUGUACGUGAUAGGCUAAGGGGCGGGACACCUUUUAGGUGGUUGACCAAUCACAACAGAGCCGGCCAGUUAACCAAUCAGAGCAGACUGGGGUCUGGUUUCAGACAGAGGGUGAAAAGAGGUGCUGCAGCACAGGCAGGAUGAGAAAAUAAAGAGCUUAAUAGGGCCCCUAACUGAACCAAAAAGUGGAUUUGUUGGAGCAGCUUGGCAGGUCGGCCUUAACUGUUGCUGCCAAUGGCUGAGUGUUGUACUUUAAUAUGUACAACAUCUACGAGUGCUGUACUUUUUUCUCAUUAUACAAAUCGUCCUUCUCGCUCUACAGCUGAAGCUCAUUCGGCCAAAGUGUGAGAGUUAGAAUUAUCCAGUCGGUUUUAGUUGUGAAAGAAACGAUAUAUUUCCAGGCAAAAGCGCUAUGUGGACACGGUGCCCGAGUGAGAAACAUAGACUGUGGACAUAUCUUUGCUCUUAGAGCCUCUCGAAUGUCUUUUGAAGCACUUGGUUUUACCGGCACCAGUUCUCUAAAGAUUGUUUCCCCUCUUCUGUAAAUGUUUUAUUUUUAUUUAUUUUUAUUUAACCAGCACCAAUGCAUCAUUUGUCUGAAACAAAUGUCAUUUUUGGAACAAUCUGGAGCUACAGAAUGUAAUAUAGGCUAACGGAGCUUUAGCCCCCUGUGUCAGCAUAUCCACCGAGUGUUUAUAUCUGAGUGAAGCGGGUGUAUUUAACAUUGGGUGGGGGUUAUUAAAAAGGAGAGAAAGCUUUACAUGCUGUGCUCUGCAAACACUUGCUGGCGAUGCACUGAUACAGACGGCUGGAGCCUUUCUUUCUGUUUGAGCCACAUGACAGUGAAACUUUCUCUGCAAACAUCCCUGUUCUAAUAAAUCGCUUUAGAGGUGUUACAUGUAUUCUGCCAAUGGCUGUUUGGGUUGUUUAAAAUCAUUACUGUGAUUUUAAAGGUGUAAAAAAAACGUGCUUUGGACUCUCGUCAUUGCUUGAAGCGGCAACCAUCGUAGUGUUAUUUAAGCUUCUAGUUAUUUUCGGUACAACUAACUAAAACUGAGGCAUUUUACUAAUACAUCAUCCUUCGUUCCAUGGCUUUAAUGUUGAUGUAUCUUUUAAUUUGUACCAAGAAGAUGCUUAUAAUGUUAAUGUAUAAAAAUGGAUUGGUUAAAUUCACCAGCACCACACACUAUUGCCUCCAGAAUGACCAUAACGUUUAGUCGUGUUACCUGUAAAUGUAACCAUUCUUUGCGUACAGUUACAUAAAAUGAUGUUUUGUCAAUAAUAGUGAGAUUUUUAAACCAAAGUCGCCGCUUUGAAACAGGCACCGGUGAUAAUGUGCAACAUAAAAAUUGAGGCUGUCCCGAGUAAGAACAUUUUAAACAACAAACUCAAUAAAAGUACUCCAUUAACUGUUUUUUAUAUGUAAAGUGCAAUUUUUAAAAGCAGGAAUUACAUGUAUUUCGAGAAAUUACUCUCCAAAAGUAACUUCAGGCGUGUUUUAAAGUAGUUAAACUAAAACAGUGUUAAAUACUCCAAUGUUUUAUUUUACUUUAGUUGAACAAUAUUUUUUUAACAAUGACUUUUGGACAGUCUUAAGGAAAUGUGGUAAAAUAUGGAUGAAAUAGUUAAAAAAUAAAAAUAAGUUUGUUGAAUAGAAUUAUGAAUUCAAUUUUUUUUUUAAAUAGCAAACGAGAGCCCAGACAACUUGAUAUUAGACAUUUUGCAUGAAUUAGUAAUUUUGUUUAAUUUAUUUAUUACAGGUUUUUCAUGUAAUAGUGUUACAAGAUAUGUUUGUUUAAAUAUAUUGAUAAUUGCAAUGACUGUAACAUUUGGCUAAAAUGUAUUGUUGGAGAAAUUAGGACGGCAGAAUUUUAAUAAGAAAUCGUGUUCUUUAGGUAAAAUGUCCUCACCAAAAUAUGAUAAUAUGUACGUACUGAAAAAACAAUGUUCUAUCUAGCGUUUUAACUAUAGACUGUAAAUAAAAGUAUAAAGUCUGUGUUUUUUUUAUCCCCCUGAAUGUUCAAAGUAUGACGUUGAGUCAAGAUGAUUCCCUCUCCGUUUCCGUCUUCACCGAUAUCGUCUUUCAGAUAGUUGUACGCAUGCGCAGUAGAACUCGUGGGCUUCCGUUAGAAACGUCCACAGUGUUCAUUACAUAAACAAUGGCUGAGCCGCACAGACGACGACAUGAGCUCGGAGACAGAAAGCCGUCACCUGCACGACCAUCCUCCACAACAAACACAGCCACUUCCGGUGACAGCUACUCGGUGUAUCUGAGGCUGCUAGCUGCGGGGUUUUACGGAGUCAGCUCAUUCAUCAUAGUUAUUGUCAACAAAAGCGUCCUCACCAGCUACAGAUUUCCAUCGUCAACAUGUGUCGGACUCGGCCAGAUGUUGGCUACAGUCGUAGUUCUGAGGAUCGGGAAGGCGUUUGGCAUUAUCUCCUUUCCAGAUACGGAUCUGAGUAUACCUCGCAAGAUGUUUCCACUGCCUCUACUGUAUGUCGGGAAUCAGAUAUCAGGGCUGUUUGGGACACAACGACUCAAUCUACCCAUGUUUACAGUUUUGAGGAGGUUCAGUAUUUUCCUUACCAUGGUGUUUGAGGGACUCCUGCUGAAGAAAACGUUCUCUUCGUCAAUCAAGAUUACAGUGUUUACCAUGAUAUUCGGGGCUUUUAUUGCUGCAAGCGCCGAUUUAGCUUUCGACCUUGAAGGAUACAUGUGCAUAAUGCUGAACAAUGCUCUGACAGCGGCCGGUGGGGUGUAUACGAAGCAGAAACUUGAUUCCAAGGAGCUCGGCAAAUAUGGGCUUCUGUACUACAACGCUUUAAUCAUGAUAUUCCCCACUGCGGCAUACGCUUACUUCUCAGGGGACCUGCAAGUGGGCUUGGAGUUUGAUGGAUGGUCUGAUCAGCUGUUUGUGAUGCAGUUUGUGCUCUCCUGUGUCAUGGGCUUCAUUUUAAUGUACUCCAUCAUGCUGUGCACGCAGUACAACUCAGCACUCACCACCUCCAUCGUGGGCUGUAUUAAGAAUAUCCUUGUGACGUACCUUGGGAUGGUGUUCGGAGGAGACUACAUAUUCAGCUGGACUAACUUCCUAGGUUUGAACAUCAGCAUCGCAGGCAGUCUGGUGUACUCCUACAUGACUUUCACACAGGAUCAAACAAAAAAGGCGUAAUCCCCCGAGUCUCGACCCGACCAGAAGAACCACGUCCAGAAGACAGAAUAUAUAUUUUCUGUUUUGUAACCAUCCUGGUUUUUUUUAUAAAGUAUUCUGUUAGCAUACAUUUUUGCUGCACAAAUAUUUUAAAUAAUGUUAUCUAAUUGUACUUUAUUUUUUAAGUAAGACCAAGUGCCUUCAAUUGUUUUUAUAAU